AUGUCUGUCGCUUACACAAAGCGGUCUAUGGCCUCAAGCAGGCUCCCAGAGCCUGGUAUACUGAACUCAAGACAUUUCUCCUCAGCUUGGGAUUCCAAAACUCGCUUGCAGAUACGUCUUUGUUCAUCAUGCGCACUGGUAAUGAUUAUCUCUACCUCUCACUGCACUGCAGCGGGACUACACCUUUCUCAGAGGAAGUACAUCCUUGACCUCCUCAAUCGUUACAACAUGCUCAACGCAAAACCAGUCAGCACACCAAUGGCCUCCUCUCCAAAAUUGACACUCAUGUCGGGUACAUCUCUCACGGAUCCCACCAGCUACAGGAAACUUGUUGGCAGCCUCCUGUAUCUCGCAUUUACAAGACCUGAUAUAGGCUAUGCAGUGAAUCGCCUUUCCCAGUUCAUGCAUCGCCCAACAGAGGAUCACUGGCAAGCUGCAAAACGAGUUCUUCGAUACUUAGCAGGAGCAACAACUCAUGGUAUUUUCUUUUCUGCGAAGAACUCACUCUCUCUUCAUGGCUUCUCAGAUGCAGACUGGGGUGUAGACUCUGAUGACUACAUCUCCACCAACGCUUAUGUCAUCUACCUUGGCUCUCAUCCCAUUUCCUGGUCAGCUAAGAAACAAAACGGUGUUGCUCGAUCAUCGACGGAGGCAGAGUAUCGAGCUGUGGCAAACAAUGCAACCGAGAUAAGAUGGAUCUCUAACCUUCUCACAGAAAUGGGCAUCUCAACAUCAACCAAACCAGUUGUUUACUGUGACAAUGUUGGAGCCACGUUCCUCUGCGCCAAUCCAGUGUUUCACUCUAGAAUGAAACAUAUAGCACUGGAUUACCACUUUGUGAGAGGGCACAUUCAACAAGGGACUCUACGUAUUGCUCAUGUCACUACAAAGGACCAGCUUGCGGAUGCUCUUACCAAGCCAUUACCACGAGCACGGUUUCUAGAGUUACGAGACAAGAUUGGAGUUGUCAAGACACCUCCAUCUUGA